AACGCGGUCGCCCUUCUGCCGUUGCCGAAUAGCCCUUUCCUGACCGGCAAACAAGCACGAGAAGCCAUGGCGUCCCGCAGACCCCGCGUCCUCGCCUUCCUCCUCCUCCUGUUCGUCUUCUCCGUCCGGGCCUUGGCGGACGCAGGCACCCAGGAUGAGGUGGAGGUGGAGGAGGUGGCGGAGAUCGCCUCUCCCUUCAACUGCAAGCCUUCGCCGGAGGUGGAGAAAGAGUUGGAGAGUCUCAGGUUGAAGAUCGCCGCCAUAGAAUCUGAUGUUGGAGAGAGAGCUCGAGAGCUGAAAAUCAAAAAUGACAAAAUCUUAGAGCUUGAAAAGGUCAUUCAAGAGAAGUCAAACAAGUUUGCAUCUUUGCAGGAUGAAAUUGAUUCCCUUCAGAGGAAAGGGGCAACAGAUGCGGAAGAACAGGUUGGAAAGGCUCAUGCACGAGCGAUUGAACUUGAGAAUCAGAUUACAAUUUUAAAAAGCAAAAUUGAUCUACAGAACCGGCAGCAACAAGCUGCAGAACUUCGGGCUAGUGAUGCUGAGAAGAGAACAAAAGAAUUGAGUGCUAAAGUGGGAAAUCUGCAAAAAGCAAUUGAAGAGCAGAAAAAUGAGAUCCGUAGAUUGGAGAAGGCACUUAAGUUGAGUGAGGAGAAGAUGUUGAAGGCUCAGAGACAUGCUGAGUCAAAGGCUACGGAGCUGUCAGAAGUUAAAAGCGCAUGGCUGCCACACUGGCUUGCAGUACAUUCUGCUCAGUUUCAAUCUGUUGCAGCAAAGCAUUGGAAUGCUCAUGGAAAGCCUGCCUGGGAUAUUGCUACUCAAAGGGCACUGGAAGCCACUGCAAAGGUUCAGGACUGGAGUAAGCCUUAUAUUGAAGAAAUUAACUCUAAAUGGGUUCCUGUUCUGCAAGAAAAAUGGGUGACAUUAUGUACGACAGUUAAGCCACAUGUACAAACUGUUACCACCAAAACAGUUGAGGUUUAUGAACAGUCAAAGACUGUGAUUACGCCUCAUAUUGUCAAAACAAAAGAAAUGGCAGAUCCUUACUUGAAGGAAGCAAAGAAGUUUGCCAAGCCCUAUGUUGAUCAGGUUGCUACCGUGGCAAAACCUCAUGUUGACAAAGCUAGGCUUGCAUUGAAGCCCCAUACCGAGAAAGCAGUCCAUCUUUAUGGGGAGUUUCUAAAAUCAGCAACUACAUAUCACCACCAGGUUCAAUCUUCUGUUAGGAGAACUUUGAAGCAACAUGAACUGACAAGGACUUUAGCAACAAACGAGCUUGUAUGGUUUAUGGCAUCUGCUCUAUUGGCCUUGCCAAUACUUCUUGCCUAUAGGUUUUACUGUUUUCUGUUCUGUAAAAAGGCCCAAGCAACAGCACGGAGUGGCAAUUCCAGCCAUACUCAUCGGAGGCCUAAACGUAGGCAUGCAGACAAGUAGGAUUUAAAAGGUGGAUGUGGGUGUUGCUCGCUGUUGUUGUGGAUCUCCACUGCUUUGUGUUCCUGACGGUAGGCGUUGAAUGUGGUUUGAAAAUCGUGUGAAAACUGUCCGAGCUGCUACAGUUCAACAAAUCAAGAGGAAAUGGAAAGAAAAGGUCAUUUAUUUAGCGUAGUGUGUUUGUUCCAUAGGGCAGUCAUUCACUUCUGUAAUUUUUGUAGGGCAAUAAUUUACUUAGUUCCUGUUCUUCUCUCCUCUCUGUUCUUCUGUUUGUUAUAAAUAAAACCUUGAGAUAAUUAUUUUUGAAGAUGAAUGGUUUCUCGAAA